CAACUUUGUUUGCAAUUCUGUAGCACACUUAUUGUGAAACACUACACAUGUUUUCUUACAUUAGACACAUUUUUCAAAAAAGAAAUCACCUGUUAUCAUUGGGAAAACACUCUGUUCAAAAUGCAAAACUCAUCUAGCAAUUAUAGGCACUUACAUACACACCUGAAAACAAUUGUACAGAAAACAGAACACCAAUAGGUCUGAGCCCUUAGCACUACAAAUAGGCCUCAGGCAAGACAUUCUGAGAACUUUGCAAGCAUGGAGGCAAUGCGAGUAAGAGUAAGAGGAGGACAAAGAGAGAGAGGAGUUGGACAUGGACUUGGAUGUGGAAGAGGACAAAGACAAGGACCAGUGCGGAGACGUGUAUCGGAUGACAUCAGGGCUACUCUGGUGGACCAUGUCAUAAAUCAUGGCUUAUCCAUGAGGGAGGCUGGGCAAAGAGUCCACCCUAACCUCAGUCGCUACACAGUAGCAUUGAUAAUAAGAACAUUCUGACUGGAGAACAGGUAUAUCUUCAAAUUUCUGCUCCAGACCGUACCUACUGUAUGUGUCACAUGAUUCUGUAUCAUAUUACAGUAUUACUGUAAAGUACUAUUCAAAAAUGAGUAGUGCUGUGAAGUAUAUGUAAAGGAGUAUCAUUGUGAUGUUACAGUACUGUGUACAGUUUGAAAGUACAGUAUUUGAAAAAGAACAUAACCAAUGACAUCUUGUGGUGGCAUUUUUUACAGAACGGUUGGGCUACCUCCUCGAGGUGGAAGGGAACGUCUCUUUACUCAAGUACAAGAGCUUGCCAUCGUUCAAAUGGUGCAAGAAAAUUACGCAAUCCGACUUCGUGAGUUGCAACAGCGCAUAAUUGCUGAUAGAAUGGUAUUCAACAAUAUCAACAGGGUCAGCAUUUCUACAAUAAGUCGCAUCCUACAGAAACAUAACUUCAGAAUGAAGCAGAUGUACAGGGUGCCAUUUGAGAGGAACAGUGUCAGGGUCAAGGAUCUGUGCCAUGAUUAUGUGCAGACAGUUUUGGAUUUUGAUGCCGCCGAACAGCCACAUGAGUUCAUCUAUGUGGAUGAGGCAGGCUUUAAUCUGGCCAAAACCAGGCGUCGAGGCCGUAACAUAGUUGGACAAAGGGCUGUUGUAAAUGUCCCUGGGCAACGUGGGGGAAAUAUCACCUUGUGUGCUGCAAUUAGUGUCCAAGGAGUCCUGCAUCAUCAUGCCACUCUAGGUCCCUACAAUACAGGACAGAUCAUUGUAUUUCUAGAUGCACUACAUGCAGUUGUACAGGACAAACUACAGCAGCCCAGGUUUGUUGUCAUUUGGGAUAAUGUUAGUUUCCACCGGGCUGCUCUGGUCCUAGAUUGGUUCACCAACCAUAACAAUUUUACACCUUUAUACCUGCCCCCUUACAGCCCCUUUCUAAAUGCAAUCGAGGAAUUAUUUUCAGCAUGGCGGUGGAAAGUCUAUGAUCGGCAACCACACGCCCGCAUGCCUCUUCUGCAAGCAAUGGAAGAGGCAUGUGGAGACAUUGAGGUGGGAUCCAUCCAAGGCUGGAUUAGGCACACCAGAUGAUAUUUUCCCCGAUGCCUAGCCUGCGAGGACAUCACCUGUGAUGUCGACGAGGUCUUGUGGCCAGAUCCAAACAGAAGGCGGGAUCCAUAAGACCCACCCCAGGCCCCUACCACACAUAUAUACAUGCACACACACAAAACAAGUGUGUUUUUUUCCCCACAAUAGCAGUGUGUCCAGUAUUUGUUUUGUUUUUUACUUUUGUUUUGUUGCUAAUUGUCAUGACUUUUGAUUCUAUUUUUCUUUACUUUAUUACAGUUUUUUUCAAUCGCUAACAAGCGCUUAUCUAUACUUAAGAUAAUUUUUCUAAACUCUUAACACAGACUUACACCUACAAAACACAAUUGGCAAAUUUAUCAUUUUCCUCUCAAAAACACAUUUUGUUAAAUAUAUACUAACUCUCCAUUUCAACUCUCCACACACUAACUUUACCGAAACACUGGAAAUCCGACUCAAAAUUAAAUUAUUCUGUCAAAGAAUAACACUUGUUUUCACUUCACCAGGUAUAUGCAGUCAAUCAAAGUACACCAGGUUUCAAAAUACUGGCUAUUGUUGACAUUAGAAAAACUGCAUAGACUUUUAUGUUUCAGGUAACAAGCAAUACACCUUUUACCCAAAAUUUCUUAGUUGGGAACUGUAUGUCCACAUGUACAGUAAUGUUCACAUUCAGAUGCAUUCCAGUAAAAAGCAAAUCAGUUUUACUAAAGGAGGUACAGUAGAAACACAAUAUAAUAGAACAGAAAAAGUUUUACAGUAUUGCUUACAGUGAACAAAAUAUCAUAUAUAAGAGCAUUCUGAAAAACAAAAAAACAAAACAAAAAACAAAACAGCAAAAAGCCCAGAUAAGAAGAGGGGAAAUAAAAAUAGCACAAAAUUAAUGUAUCUAAUCCCUGCGAUCUUCAGGGUUUGGCCACAUGUUUUCGUCAACAUCACAUCUGAUAUCAUCCAAGGCGAUGCACCUGAGUUAAAAUCGCUCGGUAUGUCAGAUCCACCCUCGGCAAUCUUGAACCGUGAUGUCCCUGCAGCAUCCAUGGCUUCAAGGAGGGACAUCUGGUCAUGUGGCUGAUGGUCAUAAACCUUCCACCUCCAUGCAGAAAAAAAUGCAAUACUUACCUGUUGGUUUGUUGAAAGAUGUGAGUAAUGGAGGCAACCUUUGACCGCCGCAAAUUGGGUUGCACUCUUUCACCAGCCUCUCUUAGUGAGAGAUCGUGGUUGAUUACAUGGUCAAUGAUAGUGGCACGAAUUUCAUCUCUGACUACUGUUCAUGCAGCACUUGGAAUGCCACCACCACGCAUUCUUACACCUCUACCUUGCCCUCUCCUUGGGCCUGCUCCUUUUCCUGCACCUGCACCUCCUACUGCACCUCUUACUGCACCUCUUACUGCACCUCUCCCUGGCCCUGCAUCUCUCACUGGAGCUGGUCUUCUCCCUGGGACACUUGCUCUUCCUCUUCCACGUCCAGACAUUACAGUGUUUGUCUUUUUCUGUUUGUGUUUCCAAAAACAUCCUCAAAGUCCUCAUUUUAUAGUAAUAGAAAAAAAUAACUCCUGCCACUGAGUCUAAGCCAGACUGGUAAUCAGCUGUGGUUGGCCCUAUUCACCCAACAUAAAUCAGCUGUGUGUCAAUUAUUCAAUUGUCUGUUUAUUAUCAGCUGAGAUAUAUUGUUUUUGAACUGAUAUCAUUGCAGAAGCAGAGGUUUUAUACUGUAUCUAAGGUUUGUAAUAUUGUUGUUGCUAUUGUGGGAUGUUGUGUGUUAACAUUUGUGAAUACUACAAAAACAAUCCAUAAU